GGGACAGUCGUGCACCACCAGCUUGACGUUCCCGAACGCACUGGCCUGGUACUCGGUGAACACCGGGCGCGCGACCGUGCUGGCCGCGUUCAGCAACAAGCUGCUCUCGUCCCCCGAAACCAGCGGGCUUCUCCCCAGUCUAAAGUUGACAAGUCAUUUGAGGAAGCAGCAACUUGUGGUACCAUGUUGAGUAGGGUGUUGCCUCCGCAGUCACUGGCCUGCUCAGGCAACAGACUGUCCUGAACUCCUUGAGAGCAUUGCAGCUGCACAGCUACUGCUUCACGUGAAGAUGCUGAGAGACCUAAAGGCCAUUGCUCUGGAGCUGUCAACCACCAUGGGUAGCAGGAACUCUAAACACGGCGGUCUCAUUGUGCCAAUAACAUUAUAUUCUUCAAGCUGGAGAGAUUGCUCAAUGGUUAAGAGCACUGGCUGCUCUUCCAGGGGUCCUGAGUUCAGUUUCCAGCAACCACACGGUGGCUCGCAACCAUCUAUAAUGGGAUCUGAUGCCCUCUUCUGCCAUAAAGAAAAAAGAUCCAGUGCAGAGAACAUCCAAAGUCAGAAUGGCUCUCGCUUUAGCCCAGAUCAACCGGGGAACACUAAUUCAAGGACUAACCAGCAUAUCCAGCUCUUCCAAGUCAGUGGCCAAACUCCUGCAGCCCCAGCUGGCAUGUAGACUCUUGGAGCUGAGGCACAUGUCUCACCGGCUGCUGAGAGAGAUGAAUGCACCAAACCAACCCCUGUACAGCACGCAGGUCAGAAAGGGUUCUUUGUUUGAAAUAAUUUCUUUUCCAGCAAAAACUGCUUUAACCAGCAUAAUGUAUGCUUCCUACGCAGCACUAAUUUAUUUGGCAGUCUGUGUUAAUGCCGUGCUGGCAAAGACAAAGAACAUUUUCCAAGAAGAAGAAUCCCUAAGGCAAAACAGAGAGAGUGAGAACUUUAGGAAAGCCUUUUCUGAGCCUGCGCUUCCACAGCCCAUGUUCUCAGAAGGUGAAAUCACAGCGAAACCUUACAGAUCACUGCCGGAGAAGACGGACCACCUUGCGAUUCUCGCCAAACCUCCUGCCAACAAGCAGAGUAACAAGAUCCAGGUUUUACACUCUGUGUUUGACCAAUCAGCUGAACUGAAUGAAUGAGAGAUCCAGAGAUAAAUACCACUCCAGAGAGCUUAGCAGUCAUCUAUCCAUGGGAACAUCUCAUCAGACAAAACCAGAAGACUAGUUUUCAUAUGCUGAAUGCUCUUUUUAAAGGGGCAGAGCAGGGAAAAUGAUGACAUCAUUCUCUUGUAUUUACAUGGCAUAGAGAAUAAAAGGAAACGAUGUAGAAGAUAUGUCUGACUACCCAGAAUUUUUUUUUUACAUAUUUUACAUAGUAAAUGUGCAGGUACCUACACAGGCCAGAAGAGAGUGUCAAAUCUCCAGGAGCCACCUGACAAGGAUGCUGGAAACCAAACACAGGUCCUCUAGAAGAACAGAACAUGCCCGUAACCACUGAGCAUCUUCCCUGCCCUGACUAUACAAUAUUUUUAAUGAAUAAGAGAAUUCAUAUUGUGUUGGGCUAGAGUUUACACUGCUUAUAAUAUUGAUGUAUUCCUAAUUCAUUUAUAUUUUUAAUUAUGAAUUAUUCUAAAUGCUUAUUUGGAAAGGAAAAUUUCAUAACUAAAAGUUAUGCAUUUUGAGGCUGAAGAGAUGGCUCUGUUAAGAGCACUUGCUGCUCUAACAGAGAGGCCAGCUUUGGUUCUAAGCACCCACAACUGUUUGCAACUGCAGCCCCUGGGGAUCUAAUGCCCUGUUCUGGCUUCUGCAUACCAGAUGAAGUGUGGUGUGCAUUCAUACAGGCAGACAAAAACUUUAUUUAAAAAAUGCUACACUUUCAGAGAUAGUAAAAACUGUAUUUCUUUAUAUUUACAGGCAGAGUAGCCAAGUCUCCCUACUGAUUUUUUGUCACUUGUAAAGUUAUGAAGGACUUGAAAUUCAGAUGCCAUAAAUUUAUUAAAAAAAUUGCUUAUCUGAUGAGACAGAAUAAUAAGGUGAGUUUGUUAUCUAUUAAUGGAGUUUGGUCAUAUCCCCAUUCCGGCUAUGAAUUCCUGGGUCAAAUGAUUGUCCUGCCUCAGCCUCCUGAGAUGCCAGGAGUAUAGGAUCAUAGCACUGAACCUGGCAAAGUGAUCACUUUUAUUUCCACAUUUAAAGAUAGAAAUUUAGAACAAGAAUCCAUAUUGUCCGUUACUGCCCUUGGCUCCUGACAGAAAUGUUGCUAUCCUUGGUCCUCUAAACCAAGUCCUAGAUUUGCUGAAUGGAGCAACUUCAGUUGCUUUCAAGCACUUUAUAUUCUAAGAUAUGAUAAGAUUUGUGACUAUCCAAGAAAUAACAGGCUGGUAUGAACUCUGCCCAGAGAUGGCGCAUUUUCUGAACCCAGAGAGUAACUGUUGAUGGAAACAUUGUUGAAAAGUCCAAGUCUGGCUUGUUUGUGCUCUCAGAAAUGAGUAACAAAUCUGUUUUGUCAUGUGACCCAUAUCCCAAGAGAAAAGGAAAUGUACUACUAUACAGCAGAAGGUCCAAGCACCCGUGAGUGACUAAGGUGGGUGCCGCGGCCCACACUGCAGUCCCCUGUGCGAGAGCAGCAAGUGCUGCUAGCCAGUCGUCUCUCCGGGGCUCCUUGCUCAUUUUCACAACAACCCAGUGAAAGUCCAGGUGAAGGAGAAUGUUAAGCACUAGGUUUAGACACUUAAUUCACCCUGCAUCAUGAAAAUUACUAUGUUUGAAACUUAGUUUUAUUUUUAACAGUCUCACCAUGAAUUCAUAACCUACACACCCUUUUUGGCCCCAUUUACACCUACAUUUUACUGAGUGAGUGCUAAGUUUUGCAUGACAGACACUAGGGAGCUGCUCUAUAUGCUCAAUAACAAGCACGAUAUGGGUCCUAGGCAGUCAGAGCAGCAGUGGCCACAAAUUACUGGUGUAGUAAGGUCAGGGUAAACCAAGAGAACAUCAGUCUGCUUGUAAACUCUGAGGAACAAAUACUACACAUUUAUGGGAACCUGUACACACACACACGUGCGCGCACACAGAAAUUAGCCCCGUUAAGAGACAAGUCAAACCAAGUUUUAUUUGGUUUUGACAUCUAGCACCCUCCUUCUCCUUCUCCUGUAGGGUCUCACCAUGGAGCUCUGGUUGCCUGGAGAUCACCAUGUAGACCAGACUGGCCUCAAAACCACAGAGAUCCACCUGCCUCUGCCUCAGAAUGCUGGAAUUAGAGGUGUGUACCAGUAUGCCUAGUUUUAAGUUUCUCAUUUUUAAGUUCAACACAUACAUUCGCCUCAUUAGAGGCAAUUUUGACAUAUAAAUAAAUGUCUGCUAAUCAUUUGUAAGCAAAAGUAUACAAUUAAAAUUUGAGUGUCUCAGUAUACCUAAUUUUACUUUUAAAACUGUAAAAACCAUAAUUUAAAACAGGAGGCAGAUAAUUUGUAGACAAAGCAACACAAGAACAGAAGAAUGCUGGGAACCAGAGGAUGGAGGCCAUUCUGUGACUGUUCCCAAAUAAACCUGCGGAUUUAAAGAAAUCUUCUCCCAUUUCAACUUUUCCUGUUACACCUUCUGUUUUAUCUGUUACUGACCUUGUAACUUUCCUAAGUGGAUCAUCAGAGCCUCUAAAGGACAGAUCCCAAUCAGUCCGGAGAGGGAUGGGAUAUAUUCUGUCGACCUUCAGUGGCCCAGAGUCAUACUAAAGUAAACAUGCUUUCAAAACUGCCAAAUCCAGGACUUUAAAAAAUACUUGCUUUUAUUUUUCUUUCUUUAUGAGAUGUCUGCUGGUGCCCACACAGGCCAGAAGAGGGCAUCCAUUCCCUGGAGCUGGAGUCAGAGGCGACUGUGAGGGUGAGGGUGAGGAGGAAGAGCAAGAGGUCUGUUGUAAUAGGAGCAGCGGGGCUGCGUCCCCAACACCCCGGCCGCUUGCUAGCUUAUGCCCGAAAUAACAACACACAAACUGUAUUCAUUUAAACACCGCUUGGCCCAUGAACUCUAGCCCUUACAGGCCAAUUCUCGCACCUGGACUAGCCCAUUUCUAAUGAUGUGUGUAAGCACCCCAAGGUGCGCUUACUGGGAAGAUUCUAGCCUAUGUCCAUCCUGGGUCGGAGCUUCAUCGCGUGUGCCUCAGAGAGCAGAGCUAUCGGGAGAGUGGAGCAUGGCGUCUCUGCUCCAGAGAGCAGAGCUGUCGGAUCUCUCCGGGAGCAGAGCAGAGUCUGACCUCACUUCCUUCUCCUCCCAGAAUUCUAUUCUGUUUACUCCUCCCACCUAUGCUUUAACCUAUCAGGGCCAGCCAAGCAGUUUCUUUAUUGCUCAAUGACCUUCCUCCAUCAGAGCUCUGAGCCACUGGCCCAUCUGCAGGCCCUGGAAAAACCGGUGGUUUUUAAAGUUACAUGUACGCAUGUUGGAAAAAAAAUUAUCUUUGGUACUGGAACAAAAUAACUAAAAUAUUUUCAAACAUACAC